CCUAAAUUCUAAUCAUAUAUAAUUGAUCAAUGUGAUCUCGAUCUCGAUCUCACAAAAUUUCGAAUCUUUGCAAUUUCAUCACUCAAUCACUCGAUUUAGAUUUGGAUUUGGAUUUGGAAUUGAAAUCGAAAUCAAAAUCAAAAUUACCCGAGCGAGUGAGUGAAACCGAGUCAUGUCGGACGAAGAACACCAUUUCGAAUCGAAGGCUGACGCGGGAGCUUCCAAAACCUAUCCUCAACAAGCCGGUACCAUUCGCAAGGGAGGUCAUAUCGUCAUCAAAGGACGCGCUUGCAAGGUUGUAGAAGUUUCUACCUCCAAGACUGGCAAACACGGUCAUGCUAAAUGCCACUUUGUUGCAAUCGACAUCUUCAAUGGAAAAAAGCUUGAAGAUAUUGUACCAUCUUCCCACAAUUGUGAUGUUCCUCAUGUCAACCGUACUGACUACCAACUGAUUGAUAUUUCUGAGGAUGGAUUUGUGAGUUUGCUGACUGACAAUGGUAACACCAAGGAUGACCUGAAGCUUCCAACCGAUGAGAGUCUGCUGUCCCAGAUCAAGGAUGGCUUUGCUGAGGGGAAAGACCUGGUCGUGAGUGUGAUGUCUGCGAUGGGAGAAGAGCAGAUCUGUGCUCUCAAGGACAUUGGCCCAAAGUAGUGUCUCAUCUUUACAAACAGUUGUCUAAAUCUAUUGGAAAGAUGUUUUUUAUAAGAUCAUUUUCCAGCUUUUUUUCUAAGACUGAGGGUAUUCAGUUUGAGCCGCCACAUGGAUUUAUGUGUUUAUGAAUGUUAAACUUUAUGGUUUCUUGGUAUUGUUUGUUUGUU